AUGCAUAAAAAUUUCAUAAUUUGGAGAAUAACAGAUAAGAUAUUAUUUAGAUUAAUUCUAAUAGAAUAUCAUUAAAUGUCUAUUUCGACAAAAUAUUUUAAGAAUAUAUCAGAAGAUUGUUUCAAUGGUGUUUAAUAAUCAAUUGAAAUUUCCUAUUAGAGAAUUAGUUCGUUUCUUGAUCAAAUUCAAUUGGAUGUACUCCAUCCUCCUUCAAGUUUUUAAAUUUGUAAAGUCAGCAGUAAACCCUUAAUUUAAUCAUAAUCUAAUUUUUCACCAAAUUUCUUACACCCAAUUCUAACAAAUCAAAUAAUUUUUGAGAUUAAAGCAUCUUUAAAUUUUAUUAUCUCAAGAGAAGUUAAUAAUAAGGAAUAAACAUUGAGAUCUGAAACUAUGUUGAUUUAGCAGAAAUAUGAUUCACUAAUUGAAGAAAGAUAGAGAGAAUAAAUGGAAUAUUUGGAACAAAAAGACCAAGUAAUUCAAAAAUUCAAUAAUAAAAACAACUUAACAUAAAAAUAAAAUAGAGAAGAUUAAAAGGGAAAGAAGCCACUAUCCUUUAAGCUCACUAAUACCUAUUCAUAUAAAUAACUUUAAUGGUGUAAUGCUAUUGCUUUAAAUAAAAAUUCUUCACUUGUUGUAGCAGCAAGUCAAAAUGAUAUUAAAGGGAAGUUGGAAUUACUAUAAAUAUGUUAGAAUAAAAAUUAAGUUUACACUUUAAACUUUAUGAAGAAUUCAAAUAAUUUUGUGUCUGGAUUUAUAGAUAAUUCAAUUAUAAUAUGGAAGGAAAAUGCAGAAAAUUAAUGGAAUUUUGAAUAAAUAUUGAAUGGACAUUUAGGUUCGAUAUUGUGUUUAUUAUUGAAUAAUAAAGAUGAUUUAAUUAUAUCAGCUAGUUAAGAUAAAACUAUUAAAUUUUGGAUAAAAUAGAAUUAGUGGAAGUGUUCAUAAACUAUUACUGAUCAUACCGAAAGCGUAAUUUCUAUUAGUUUAAAUGAAUAAUAAAAUAAAUUGAUUUCUAGUUCGCUUGAUUAUUAAAUAUUAGUGAUAGAAAGGUCAGAAUUAGAUUCAAAUUGGAAUGUUAGAUAAAAGAUCAAAGUUGAUUAAAAAGGACUUAGAUUAUGCUUUAUUAAUGAUAAAUUAUUUACAUUCCAACCUUCAGCUCAAGAUUAAAUGCAUGUAUACGAAAUCGAUAGAGUUACUAAUUAGUUUAGGAGGACGAGUGAAAUUGCUGUUAAGUCUGGAUCUAAUAAAUGUGAUAGUUCCUUUUCAUAAUUCUACUCUAAGUCAAAAUGCCUUCUAUUAAAUAAAAAUGGCAAUUUUGUGAAUUUAAUGAGAAUGUAAAAAAAUGGUCGCUUUGUGGUUGAAUAGUCAAUUUAAUUUAAUGAUUAUCAUAUUUUUGGGCAAAUGACUGAUGAUGGAGAGUUGUUAGUCACAUGGGAUGCAGGCUCGAAGGAAAUCUAAAUCAGAAGUUUUAAGGAAUUUUGA